GCGGCGCGAUUAUCUUAUUCAAUCAGUCCGUUGUGUGAGCGUCUGGCAAAAUGUGUUCCUCUCAGUAUAUUGUGUGUUUAGUGCUUCUCGUCCCUGUGUGCACAAGAGCAAAAAAUUUGGCAAUCACCGAAACAACUGAGUUGAUGGACUACUCUGGCAGAGAUGGAGUAGAAAAAGAAUACAACUUAAAAGAUGAAAAUUCAACGAAGAUAGAUGUUAACACAUCUGAGUUUGCGGAUACAAAAUACUCUUUAGAAGAAUUAUUGAAAGACGACAAUGACACAGAUAUCGAGAGUCUACUGACCGCAGAGAUGAAUGAAAGCUUUUCUGAAAGCACAAAUGGAGAAUCUGUAAUAAUAAGCGCAAAACCAACCACUGCAAACCCUGGCUUCAAUGGUACGGUACGAAGCGGAAAAAUUUUGGGAGGAACGGCUGUAACAGCAGGACAGAACAGUUAUAACGUCUUUGUGGAAGGCACAACUGCAAGCGCUACUGGCACUUCAAAGUUUUGCGGGGGUGCGAUUCUGUCCGUGUCCUGGGUUGUCACUGCCGCCCAGUGCGUCGCAACGGCGGCGACCAUUAUCGUGUACUCUGGCGUGCUGGAAGAUCCCGUGGGAACAGGCACCAAGACAAGUGCCCUCCCCUACAUUCAUCCAGGUUUCAAACGCAAUUUUUUGCUGAAUGAUAUCGCGCUGCUAAGGCUGCUCACACCUCUCGCAAUUUCUUCAACGACUGGAGUUAUCCGAAUUCAUAGCUCCAGCAUCUCUGGGUUUGAUAAUGUUGCGGCUAGGACUUUUGGAUAUGGUCCUUCAGAUGACUCUCAAGCUUUAGCAUCGACAGCGACAGAUAUUGUCUUGAAAUUUGUUGACCUAAAUAUUGUAAAAAAAGCCUCAUGCAUAUCACAAACAGAUGAAACAUAUGUGGCUUACCCAGGGAAUACUGGAUGUUUAAGCACCUCUUUGGCAACAAAAGGAAUUUGCUUUGCUGACGCUGGCGGACCCGUCGUUUACACAACUGAUGCAGAUGGCACAGAUAAACUAAUUGGAAUCAAUUCUCUAUAUUUGGGCUGCCCCUCUUCAUAUCCAAGCUCUUUCACUCUGAUUCAUCCCUUCAUUGGAUGGAUCAAAUCCAUAACUAAAAAGACAUUUACUUAAAUGAUUGAAUUGAGCUCAAAAAUGCUUAUCUAUAUUUAAUUUUUUUAUUAUAAUUUAGAUCAUUUAUGAGCUUUCCAAAUUUCAUAAAUAAAAAUUGUUUUCCAUGAUCAGAUCCGAGAUAUUUAAUUAAUGAUAUUUAUUGGUCCAGGCACCAUUCCAUCAAUCACCGCUUGAAGGGCAAGAUUGGAAUGUAUUUGCUUCAAUUUCACGUUCAUAAUUAAUUUUAUUCAAAAUAUGUUAAAAAUGAUUAAAGGCUAAAUAGUUUUA